UGGCCGACGCCAGUUCGUAAACCCCCGAGCCGAUUAGCUGAGCCCGUAAGCGGCCUUACGUUAAUUGGGGGCGGGGCGCACGGCCAUCGUGGGAAAAUCCACCCAGCUAGCUGUCAUUAUCUGUCCGUCUGUCCGUCCAUCCAGUGUUGCUGCAAGAAAUGAUCCAAUUUCACUUCCUUUGUAGGGCUGUCACUAUUGAAUCUUUUUACAAUCGAUUCUCCUAUUAAUUAUUGAUCGACUACGUACGCGAAUAGUAAUCGCCCCCCCCCCGCCGCUAUCGCAGACAAUAUUUAGUUUUACUACUAACAUGCCUUUUAUUUCCGUUUAUGACGCCUGGACUUCAAUACUUAAAUUGCAUAUGUUGAUACUCGGUUUGGUCACUGCCGGUGUAGCGGUGCACUCGCCUGACUUCGGUGCGGGCAGCGUGGGUUCAGUUCCCUCUUGCGAAUGUGAGUGCGUGUCUAGAUGUGCCCUGCGACUGACUGGCGACCGGUUCGGGGCGUAGUCCGCCUUUCGCCCCAAGUCGGCUGGGAUAGGCUGCGGCGCCCCGCGACCCUGAACUGGAUAAGCGGUGUUGAGAAUGGAUGGAUGGAUGGAUGGAUGGAUGGAUGGAUGGUACCGAGUGUUUGGAAUCAAUUUGGGGAACAGAAUUUGAGACGGCAAUCCAUUUUACGGACUCUACUGAUUUGGGGAAAGAUAAAUCCACACAGCAGGCAAUUUUCUUGGAUAAAAGCAAAUGGCCGAUCAAGAUCCAGAAUACAUUUUUGGUUGGUGUCUCCUGAAGUUGUAGAUUCUUGUUACAGAAUCUGUGUCAAUAUUUGCAGCCCCCUUGACAGAUCACGGUGUCAUUAAUAGCACUCUGAAAGCUGGACACAACUCAAAUUCCAAGAAAGGUGUUUGGAAGUUUAUUGCUGCAUUUAUUGAACGAAGAAGACUUUGCCCAGAAAGUCCAACCCCAAUUCCAAUGAAGUUGGGACGUUGUGUUCAACAUGAAUAAAAUACAGAAUACAAUGAUUUGCAAAUCAUGUUCGACCUAUGUUGAAUUGAAUACACGACAAAGACAAGAUAUUUCAUGUUCAAACUCAUCAACUUGAUUGUUUUGAGCAAACAAUCAUCAACUUAGAAUUUGAUGGCUGCAACACGUUCCGAAAGAUUUGGGACAGGCUCAUGUUUCCCACUGUGUUACAACAACAUUCAACAAACGUUUGGGAACUGAGGACGCUCAUUGUUGAAGCUUUGUAGGUGGAAUUCUUUCCCGUUCUUGCUCGGUGUACAACAGUCCGGGGUCUCCGUUGUCGUAUUUUACGCUCCAUAAUGCGCCACGCAUUUUCAAUGGGAGACGGGUCUGGACUGCAGGCAGGCCACUCUAGUACCCGCACUCGUUUACGACCAAGCCACGGUGUUGUAACACGUGCAGAAUGUGGUUUGGCAUUGUCUUGCUGAAAUAAGCAGGGGCGUCCAUGAAAAAGACGUUGCUUGGAUGGCAGCAUGAAUGGUGCCUUCACAGAUGGGUAAGUUACCCAUGCCAUUGGCACUAACACAGGCCCAUACCAUCACAGAUGCUGGUUUUUUAACUUUGCGUCCAUAACAGUCCGGAUGGUUCUUUUCCUCUUUGGCCCGGAGGACACGACGUCCACAAGCCGACGGCCUUUCUGGGCGUUCUUGAUAAAUGGCUUUUGCUUUGCAUAGUAGAGUUUGAAGUUGCACUUCCGGAUGUAGCGCCGAACUGUAUUUACUGACAUUGGUUUUCUGAAGUGUUCUUGAGCCCAUCCGGUGAUAUCUUUUACACAUUGAUGUCUGUUUGUGAUGCAGUGCCGCCUGAGGGAUCGAACAACCAUUCGCACUCACAGUCACACCUACUGGCAAUUUAGAGUCCUCAAUUAACCUACCACGCAUGUUUUGGGGAUGUGGGAGGAAACCGGAGUGCCCGGAGAAAACCCACGCAGGCACGGGGAGAACGUGCAAACUCCACACAGGCGGGGCCGGGGAUUGAACCGGGGGCCUCAGAACUGUGAGGCAGAGGCUCUAACCGGUCGUCCACCGUGCCGCCAACUAAAUACUUAUUGUAGAAAAUGGCAAUUCUUUAAAUGUAAAGUUAGAAUCCAUCCAUUCGUUCAUUUUCGGAGCCGCUUCUCCUCACGGGGGUCGCGGUUGUCUAAACUGGCUUCGGGCGAGAGGUGGGCUCCACCCUGAACUGGUCGCCCGCCAAUCGCAGGGCACUUCGGAACACACAACCAUUCCCACCUACGGACAAUUUAGUCUUCAAUCAACCUAGCAUGCAUGUUUUUGGAAAUGUGGGAGGAAACCGGAGUACCCGGAGAAAAGCCAGGCAGGCGCGGGGAGAACAUGCAAAGUCCAUACAGGCUAGGCCGGCUUUGAACCCGCGACCUCAGAACGGUGAGGCAGAUCUGCUAACCGUGACAAGUUGAAGUCAAAUCGAGACUCAUGUUUGACUGGGAUCCAGGACACUCUCAAUGAGGUUUUCCUGGUUAAAUAAAAUAUAAAAUAACCCAAUAAAUAGCAAAUGUGGCGACUGGAGACAAGCAACGAAAUGCUCUUCCCCUAGCUAGCAGAAGGUCCAAUAAGCCUGUCCCAUUUGUGGCUUCCGGCCAGUAUAUCGUACAAGAUCGCAUUCAACAGACUCAAUGCAUGCACGCAGCACUCCGGCAGUGAGCGUAAGGUGGUGUGCCAACUUCCGCUCGGCAUGUAAGCGCGUCGUGACCGCGUGGGAAAUGGGAUCAAAGUCUAAAUGCAACGCAGCGUUGGCUGGUCUCCUCGUCCCUGAAAAGUCACAAUUUUUCUUGACACUUUCACCUGGUAAAGUAGCGACGUCAAACUAUUUACGAGACCGAUUUCAUUCGAGGAGGGGUUAUGAGGCUAUUUUUCAGCCAGAUGGCGUCCCGGCCGCUUGUAGCGUGUCGACAGCGGAAACUCUUGUGCCGUCGGACCUUUCCACCGGAAACGCCGACGUCGUCCUUAUUUACGUAUUGGUAUUCGGUGACAUUUUGUCGAGUGCAGGGGUGGGCGAACAUUUUUGGCUCAGGGGCCACAUUGACUUUUAAGAUUUGAAGGCGGGCCAAGCCAGGACCAGAUAUUUCCGUUUAAGAAAUAAAGAAACCAAAAAAGCAUUGUCGUGUUAAUACUUGGAUAUACUUUUAAAGGGAACACUAUUGUUUUGUUGCUCACCUUUUUUUGCCAAUGCAUCAAAAUCUGGUGUUAGUUUUGUUGUGGCCAUUCUCAGAACACAUCUGAGGUGUUCAUCACUCAGCGGGGAUCUGCAGGAUGGUUUUUUGUUGGUGCUCAUCACACUAAAAGUUAGGUAGAGCCAAACGCCACAGCGCCAAACAACACACCUCCCGUGGCGCUGGUUCAGGGUCUUGUGUGACUGAAUCUUGGAUGGCAGUUAUGCUGAGUCUGGGCUCUCCCUUAGAGAACGGGCGAGAAGCUCGGUCAUCCGGGAGGGGCUCGGAGUAGAGCCGCUCCACCUCAACAUUGAGGCGGCCGGGGCAUCUGAUUAGGACGCCUCCCCGGUGAGGUGUUCCGGGAACGUACCACCGGGAGGAGACCCCGGGGGCGACCCAGAAUACGCUGGAGAGACUACGUCUCUGGGCUGGCCCGGGAUCCCCUCGGAAGAGCUGGAUGAAGUGGCUGGGAAAGGGAAGUCUGGGCCUCCCUGUUGAAGGUACUGCCCCCGCGACCCGACCUCGGAUAAGCGGAAGAAAAUGCAUGGAUGGAUAUAGAGUUAGUUAGUUAAUUUACAAGAAAUAUACAUUUUCUUGUAAAUAUAAUCUAAAGUUUGGUGAAAAGGUUGCCUUUAAUGUUGAAAUGGCUAAACAAGUCUUGAAUUAUUAAAUGUAUAACAUUCUUAUGAAAUUUCAUAGCCACAGUCAAAUUGAGUCAUUCAAAAUCUCUUGAAUUUUUGAGAAGGAAUACAUGAGUCCAAUAAUGAACUUUGAAAACAGACAACAACAAAACGUACAAAUGAUUGUUUUUAAAAUUCCUCAAAUUCCGCUUUUCUUUUGUAUUGUCUGUUUUUCUGUUCAUAUAAGUUGUUCAUAUAAUUUUCCAUAAAAAUGAUACUGUCAUUAUCGUUUUAGCAUUGAAACAUUCAUAUUGUUAUAAUUGGAUAACAUGGUGAAUUUUCAUGUCACAUGAAUAACUUGAAAUGUAUCGGUAGCUCGUUUGCGGCCAUUUUGAACUCCGUGGCUACUGUGAAGCUAAACUAAGGAGGUCGAAGUCGUCAGCGCAUUCAACGUGCGUAUACGGCAAGAAAACCAAAUGACCAACGAUGCCGGUACAUUGUGCUGCAUACGGUGGCGUACAAUUACCACAAGGGAUCUUGGAAUUGGAAUGUUACGACUUCAUUUCUAUGGGAACAUAGAACCUAUGGCCGCUAUAUAGGCACGUGGUUGAGCCAGGCCGCUUCAUUGCGCUGGCCUCUCCACCCGUUCCUAUUCACGGCUUCAUGGCGGAAAAACUGGCCGCCCUUCCCAGCCACACGGUGGCGGUAGUGGGCACUAAGUGCCGUUUGCCUGCGUCACAAAGAUGCGCAAGAAGCGUCUUCAACGUGUUUGUUUUUGUUCGUCGUCUCGUUUUUCUUGAUGAAUUUGAUAAAAGACUCGUUUCGAGUUCCAAAUUAGUGUUUUUUUGGUCAGCCGCAUUAUUUAUGUUGUGUUUCGCCCACUAUUAUAGAAUUCUUGGCCAACUCUUUUGCGACUUGAACUUUUCUUUUGCGAGCAAACUUCCGUCGAAAAGAGUCGAAAAGGCUCGUUUGUCGUCAUCCUGAUAGCAAAAGCAGCAAAUAUUCUCGCCAAGUUGCUGUUGGGGAACAGAGAUGUAUUAUUAUCGCUAUGACAACGCAGAGGUCAGCUGCUGCUACAAAUACCUCAUGUUCACUUACAACAUCAUCUUCUGGCUGGCUGGCGUGGUCUUCAUCGCGGUGGGUUUUUGGGCGUGGAGCGAAAAGGGGGUCCUGCUGGACCUGACGCAGGUGACCCGUCUACACGGUUUGGACCCGGUGUGGUUGCUACUGCUGGUGGGCGCCGUCACUUUCAUCCUGGGAUUUGCGGGGUGUGUGGGAGCACUCCGAGAAAACAUCUGCCUGCUGAAGUUUUUUUCCGGCAUGAUUGGCUUGAUCUUCUUCGUGGAGCUGGCGGUCGCCGUGCUGGCCGUGGUUUUCCAGAGUCAGGUGCGGGAAUGGAUCAACGGCUUCUUCCUGGCAAACGUCAAGGCGUACCGAGACGACAUCGACCUGCAGAACCUGAUCGACUCGCUGCAGAGGACGAAUCACUGCUGCGGCGCGCAAGAACCCGACGACUGGGACGUCAACGUUUACUUCAGCUGUAAAGGAACGCAUCAAAGCAGAGAGAAGUGCGGGGUUCCGUUCUCCUGCUGCGUCGCCGACCCCGCCGACUCGGUGCUGAACACGCAGUGUGGCUACGACGUGAGAAACAAGGACAAGGCCGAGUGGCCGGAUCACAUUCACGUGAAAGGUUGCAUUGCGGCGCUGGAGGACUGGUUACCUGCAAAUCUUUACACACUCGCCACUGUCUUUGUGGUCAUCUCUCUGCUGCAGGUGGUGGGCAUCUACCUGGCCAGGUCGCUCAUCUCGGACAUUCAAAAAGUGCGAUUGUCCUACUGAACCCGCCUUGUUUCUUCUCUGCGGCCUUGACGGCGAUGGAGAAGAGGACUUUGCUUCAGCUCUGCAGCGCCGCCUCGCUGCUGACAGUUGAGCUGCAGCUUUUUUUGCCUUUUUUCUGUGUUCAGGCUUUCGCUCGUAGCGCGUGACGGCAGACUGAUGUCACGUGACGUCGUCCUUUCAAAUAAAGUUGCAGACCUUAAAAGACAAACAGGAAGUGGAGGGUGACAUGACUUGUUGCUUUUACACUGGAUUCCUGAAGCGCUGACUAAAUGUGACUCAAUGUGAGUGAGUGUUACAUAUAUUAAAGAAACUUUUUAUACAUGCA